UUGCAUAUUUCUGUGCUUGACUAAUAUAAAUAUGGCUGCCGGAGGCCUUGAUGCAUUAAAGAAUCAUAUCGAUAGAUAUAUAUGUUCUGCAAAUGAUGCUAUCUGUUUCAAAAUGAUCCAAGAUACGAGUGACUUCGAGAACGAAAAGAAAACAUUUCAUCCUGACAUGUCACACCAAAUCUUUGGUGAAAAGGAACAGAUUUUUGGUUACGCAGAUCUAAGAAUAGAUUUAUUUUAUUCAGCAACUCAAUUAUUUGGAUAUCUUGGUAUGAAGUAUUCGGAAAAAAUCGACCCAGAAAAAUUUGGUGUUGAAGUGGAUAAUAUUAACAAAAAAAUGGAAGAAGUUCUUCUUCCUGGAUGUUGCCAAAGUUUAGAUGAGUAUUCAUCUCAUCUGCAAAAAGAUUCCGAUUUCCAUCCACAUGGUGAGAUGGUAUAUCAGUAUAACAGAACAUGCAAAGAUGGAACAGAGAAAGUUUUUGAGAUGUUUCAUCCUAGUAUUGAAGAUCCAGGUUUUCGAGAAUAUCAUGGCAGAAUGCAGACAUUUCUUUAUUGGUUUGUUGAUGCCGCAAGUUACAUAGACAUAGAUGAUGAAAAAUGGGAAUAUUACACCAUUUUUGAAAAACGAUCAGGUAACUGUGGGAAAUGUACUUAUUUAUUCGUGGGAUAUUGCACGGUUUACAACUUUUAUGCUUAUCCUGAACAUAUCAGACCUAGAAUAAGUCAAUUUCUUAUAUUACCACCAUAUCAACGUCAGGGCCAUGCGACCGAAAUCUUGGAUGCUAUUCAAAAAUUAUUCUUGACGAGAGAGAACAUUAGAGAUAUAUGUGUUGAAGAUCCAUCAGAGAAUUUUCAACGAAUACGAGAUUUUAUUGAUUGCCGAAAUUGCAUAGACUUUGACUGCUUUCAACCUGAAAAACUGCCGAAUGGAUUUUCAAAAUGCAUGUUUGAAGAAUGUAAUAAAAAGUUGAAGCUUAAUGCAAGACAAACUAGAAGAAUAUAUGAAAUUUUGAGGCUGAAAAACACUGAUAUUUUGAAUGAAAAUUCAUUACAACCAUACAGGCUUGAAGUGAAGAGACGACUCAAUCAACCAUUCACGGCAAAACAGUAUGGUAAAAAGUUGGACAGUAGCAUCAUGCCAUCUAAUGACGAACGAUUUAACAUUCUGGAGAGCGAGUUUUCACGAUUGCUAGAAGAAUAUUUACCAGUAGUUGAGAGGUUGAAUAAAAAUGCUAUGUGAUGAAUAUUUGUUCAACUCCCAGUUACGAAACUUUCUAUUGAUAUUGUUGAAAUUAUUUUUGUAAAUUUCCAUUGUACGAUAUAAGGUUCCAAAUUUAUUAUGUCAGAAAUCUCACAACUGCCUAACUUAAUAUUUAAUGUAUGAAAUUCCUAGAGAUGGUAUAAUUGUUAUUGGGUAUAGCAGUUUACAGUGUUUGUUCCUAGAUUGUUACUAUUCAUGUUUCAAACACACUUUCUGGUCUUAUUCCUGCUCAUUGUUCCUGUAUAAAAAUAUUAUUAUGUGUCUUCCACUGA